CUAUCUCUCGUUUCUCAAAUCUACGCCUUCUUUCAUUGUGCACAACGACAACCCUUAUUUUCUUGUUUAAGCUCUUACCUCUGUUCCAUUCCUAAUGCAACGCCCAAUUGUGUGCUUAUGCUGGCUCAUCCCAAGUUAUCAUUGGGGUUGAAUUUACCCCAAUUUUUCUGAACUAGCUUCAUGACUAUUAUGCUAGAUAUCAGUUUUAUCAUUGUUAAAGCUCAGUGAUUGCUUAAAAAUAUAUCAUAACUUAUAUUUGGGUUUAGUGAUGCUGUACUGCAGAAUCAGAGCCCGGACUUUAGAAUUCAAAUAUCCUGCAAUGUCAACCUAAUCUUAUUUGAUAUUAAUUCUGAGUUUUGUUUGUUUGCGGAGUGUUAAAGAAUAUAUGAAAAGAUUAAAUAUACUCUAAUUUGUAGGCCAGAUUUCAUUGGGUCGGGUAAUCUAACAAUUAUUGGUUUGUUUAGAAGUAGUUGUUUAGUAGUAGCUUUUAGGUUUUGUCAAAUGAGCAUAAUUCAAUGGUUAAGUCACUAGCAAUCUUCUCUAAAAGUCAAAGGUCGAAUCUCUAUCCUUACAGUUGCAAUGCUAUAUAUAUACACACAAACACACACACAAAGUUUGUUGCUUAGCAAGAAGUUUUGGGUUAUUUAAAGGGAAGAAUAUGUCUUUGCAAGAUACUUCCGAGGUAAAAGGUAACAUUAGUUGGUGGCUGGAGACUAGCCAACUUCCAUUUCUCCGGACAUGUCCAGUAAGCUUCAUUGCAACGAAGUGGUUGAUUAAUAUGUUCACACUAUACAUUACAGUCUCUGCUAAUGCAUGCCUCGAGCUUGAUGUUAAGCUAGAUGAUCAGAAUUUCCUCUAAUACUAGUUCCCUGAAAACGGUUUUGAUUGGCAGAACAAAAAGCCUGGAAAGUCACCUGAUAUUUCGCAGUUUCGUGCUCAGCUUGACUUGUUGAACCUCAAAAUUGUACAAGUGACCGCAGAUGGUAAUUGUUUUUUCAGAUCAGUUAGAAGGGGAUCAAGAGGAACACGAAAAGUACCGGAAGAUGGUCGUACAAUAUAUUUUAAAAAACCGUGGAACAUUUGAGCCAUUUAUUGAGGAUGAUGUCCCAUUUGAUGAAUAUUGUGAGUCCAUGGAAAAGGAUGGUACCUGGGCUGGACAUCUGGAAUUGCAGGCUGCUUCUCUUGUUACUCAUAGUAAUAUAUGCAUUCACCGGAUGUCAUCACCUCGUUGGUACAUACGAAAUUUCGAGGAUCAAGAAGCUCGUAUGGUCCACUUAUCUUAUCACGACGAGGAACAUUACAAUAGUGUGCGGUUGAAGGAAGACACAUGUGCUGGCCCAGCCAGGCUAAUUACAAUCAAAGGUGAUACUGUUCCCUCAGCAAGCUCACUUCAAGCAAAAGUUUUCUCUACGAGUUCUCAAAAGAGAGGUCAAAGUGCUAUUAGUCUUGGAAAUAUCAAGUUAGUUAUGGCAGGUAGUGGUUGUCAAAAUUCUAAAGAAGUUGAAAAGGUUUUGGUCCAAGUCGAUGGGGAUGUUGAUGCUGCAAUAGAGUUUCUUGUGGCAGAACAAGCAGCAGAAGAACACAAAGAGCCAACUGAAUCAACUUUGUGUCAUAUAGAUUCUUCUUUUGGUAGCGAUGAAACAAAAGAUUGUAAGCAAUUGGAAGAGCGAACAGAAGAGAAGCACAACAAAGUUGAUUCAUCUAAUCAUAACACUAAACAUUCUAUUAGCAGCAGUUCUCAAUCAGACGACAAGAGGAUCCCAAGGAAUAAAGUCUGCCCAUGUGGUUCAAAAAAGAAAUAUAAAGCUUGUUGUGGAUCAGUUGCUGCCAGUUCGUCUGGCAAGUUUAUAGUGAACAAAACUAUCGACUCUAAGAAGACUAGAAAGGAAAGGAAAACGGGCAAAAAAGGUGGACCUGCUAAAGUUGAAGUGUCCUCUGGAUCUGAUGGAUUGCCACAUGACUUGGGAGCUCUUUGUAUUUGAUCUUCAUCUGGCCGCAUGAGGAAGCAUUUUAGCUGCAGCUUAAAGAGAGUUUGGAAUCACAGAUGCUGGUGUAGUCUAUCGCUGAUUGGUGGUGGGAUUUUCCCACUAGAAUACCUCAGUGGUUAUUGGGAAAAUGAAGGGCGGUUGUUUCCCCAACGUACGUCUAUGCAAGGCUGGAUCUUUGUUGAAGCCAACUGGACUUGGAAGUAUAAGUAUAGAAGCAGCAGCUCACAAAAUCUGUCAGCCUAUGAUCAAUGUCGUUAGUUUAUAGAAAUGUAAAAUGGAACAAAUGAAAUUAGCACCCUUUAUAUGCACACAAAAUAUAAUCACAAGUUCUCUUGUGGAAGAUUCAUGGAAGUGGCAGAUUUGAGAAAAUGCAAAGACUUAAUUGUAUCAACCAAGAAAAAUUUGAUGAGAUUUAGCUGAGAUUACAUGUUUUCCCUAGUGUCUUGGCCUAUUAAGGAAUAACAUUUCGAAAUUUGUUUGUUA